AUGAAGAAUCAAAUUAUUUCAUUGAAAUUAUCCAAUGAAGGUACAUGUGGACAAAUUGAUAAGUUUCUCUCAUUAUUCUCAUUAGAAGAAUUCUCUAAUCUUCAAUCAUUAACAGUAAAUGAACUUAAAGAAGAGACAAUAGAAAUAUUGACAUCACUAUUACCAUCAAUGUCUCAACUUCGUUGCUUUGAUUCCACUGAUUGGGAAGAUGAUAUUUCACCUGUAAUGCAAUUAGCAAAUCUACGGACAUUAGUAGUAAACAGGUUCUUUCUUGACUACGAUCAUUUACAUAAUUCUUUGUCAAUUGUUAAUUUAACAAUACACACCUGCAGUUUCGAUGAGCUAUAUGAGAUAUUCCCUUUUACUCCUAUGUUGAAAUAUCUUAAUGCUAAUAUUACAUAUUCAUGUCGGUCUGAUGAUGAUCGAGCAGCUAUUGAAGCUGAUUCAAAUUGUGAUAAAGCAAUUCAUCUACAGAAAAUAGUUUUUCCUAGUUUUGAAGAAACAUUUCAAAUUUUGAAAUUCAUUCUAAAACAAACACGAAAUUUUAAAAGUUUAACAAUAUCAUCUAAAAACAAAACAAUGAUUGAUGCAUAUGGCUGGCAAGAUUUCAUAACAUCUUCAUUACCACAUCUCAAUAUCUUCAAUUUCAUGUUUCAUUGUGGAGAAAACGCUUAUGAUAAAUCGACUAUUUUUAAUUUUAAACAAUUUCAAAGUAGUUUUUGGAAAGAACAGCAUCAUUGGUACACUCAGUAUAUAUUAAAUAGAGAUUCUAUAUACAUUUAUACAAUACCUUAUAUGUCAACAACAUAUGAAUUAACACAGUAUGUGAAUAUAUGUUAUAACAAAGAAAUGGAUAAUAUUGAUAAAUUUAAGAAUGUGAAAAAGGUCAUUUUAGAUCAAAACGUUAUUAAAGAAGAAUGCAAAUUUUAUUUUGGAAAUAUCGAAUCAUUAACAUUGACAAAUAAAUCAAACGAAAAACUUCUUCUGCAUGGAAAACAUAUUCAAUAUAUGAAAACGAUUAUCAAUUUGGAUAACUUAAGACAUUUAUCUAUUACGCUUGAAUGUCACAUGAAUACUGGGCAAGUAUUAUACGAAAUAUUGAAAAAAUCACCACAAUUGACAUCACUCGUUAUCGAUCCGGUUAUGUUAAUGAAAGUAUACGAUGACCAUGGUGCAUGUAAAUAUCUAAACAAAAGGAUUAAAAAAUUAGAUAUACGUUAUGCACAGAUUCCAUUUUCCAUUAGAUUUUAUGUGACCGAAAAGUUUUGUGAAAUAUUUUCAAAUGUUGAAUAUUUGAAAUGUCGAGUAAGACAAGGACACGAAUUAUCACUUUUAUUCACUCAUUUAUCAAAAUUGGCAUUUCUUGUUGUCUUUGCACCAUUUCCCGACUUACAUUUUUAUAAAGUAUUCAAGGAAAAAAUAUCAAAUCCGAAUGUAAUGCAUGACAUAGAAUUUGAAGAUGAUGAUGGAUGGGAAGGUGCUGCAUUUAUAUCCAUUUGGAUAAAUUGA